AUGGCGAAUGGUGAUAGCAAAAACGCUGCCAGGCUCGAAAUGUCCACAGAAAGACCACCGAACCCAGAUGAAGUUGCUAGGUACAUCAAAACACAUCCAGAACUGGAAAGACCGCUUUGGUUCCCGAAUCAUCAAGGAAAGUUCAUUGCAUUUACUUGGCUGACUUGCGCAUUCAUGACAUGCUAUUUUGUCUUCUGGCAUGAAUUUCCACAGGAAGAGCACUGUUUUAGUUCAAUAAGAAGAUAUGCUCAAGGUUGGCGAAGAAGGUUGUUCACAGUUGACGAGACUGAAGAUGAGCAAGUGCAAAAGCAUAUAGAAAACCUAAAGCAGAGAAUUGAUGCAAAAAAAGCACAAGUAAAUGAAGAGCAAAGCAAGACUGUUGAGUCCUGAGAGUGUGAAUUAAUGCUCAUAGGCAUUAUUGAGAAUGGUUUAUGAAUUAUUCCUGGCUUGUUGAAUUCAGUCUAACUUUAAGGUAUCAGCAACUGUUGGUUGUUCAGGCAAAAGAUAUUCCUUGUCACAUAGCUUCAAGGCCAAAGCUUCUU